CUCUCUUGGUGCUCGGGAUGAGUCAAAGGUGCACUUUUGCGAUGCCAAGUGAUGGUGAUUAUUGAGCCAGUAGGGCAUUAGCUAAUUCAAGAGUAAAUGGUUCAUCACCUUCAUGAUAAGCCCCCGGGUUCUCGUUGCUCAUGUCACUGGUGUAAGUAUGGAUUGGCUUGAGACAUCUCAACUCUGACGAUGAGUCGCGCUCGGUCUGUAUCCCACUACCAGGUACCUACAACCUCCCCGGAAAGGAUUAAAGCAAAAUGUCUCACCUAUCGACUACAAUGACUUGGAGAAUCGCCCUUCACUUUACAGGAUUUACUGCUUUACAUGGGCAAAAACCCGACUUAAAUCCUACGAAUCUCCGUUAAAAUUGUUACCCUGCUAGGCUCUAUUAGUGGAUAUGUUUGAAAAGCAAAGAGAGAGGGAAGAUGUAUCAGAUGAGAAGCGCGGUAGGUAUUUCUGAUGCUGGAAGGUAUGCUCUAAUGAAUAGUGAGUGUUGCAUGACACGGUGAGAUUUCAUCAGGAGACUGACCCCAUCCCGGCUUGCGGCCAAUUAAAACACCCUUAAGAGCAUGUACGACCAACCCCCAACCUCAGGCGCAAAACUUGCCCUAGCAUGGUCCGUGCACCUUUCCAACUUCGUGCCUGUGGGGUUAGCGAGCCCGCACAAAAAAUUACCAGGCGGUCUUCCUCGAUUCUCUCGUUCCUCCCGAAAAAGUUCAUUCCCGACAACCUCGACAAUCCAACCACCCAACGCCGGCCAGCCACCAGUCGAUUGCCUCUGAGCCACCAUCAGCAUAAGCAAUCAUGGGUAUCUCUAGAGAUUCCCGCCACAAGCGCUCCGCCUCCGGUGCCAAGCGCGCCUACUACCGGAAGAAGCGCGCUUUCGAGGCCGGUCGCCAGGGUGCCAACACCCGUAUCGGCCCCAAGCGAAUCCACACGGUCCGCACCCGCGGCGGCAACCACAAGUACCGCGCCCUCCGCCUCGACAGCGGUAACUUCGCCUGGGCCUCCGAGGGCUGCACCCGCAAGACCCGUGUCAUCGGUGUCGCUUACCACCCCUCCAACAACGAGCUUGUCCGCACGAACACCCUGACCAAGUCCGCCGUCGUCCAGAUCGACGCCGCUCCUUUCCGUCAGUGGUACGAGGCCCACUACGGCCAGAACCUCGGCCGUCGCCGCCAGCAGAAGCAGCAGGCCGCCGGUACUGUCGCCAAGGAGGAGGACGCCAAGAAGUCCAACUCGGUCGAGAAGAAGCAGGCUGAGCGCUUUGCCGCCCAGGGCAAGGUCGAGAACGCCCUCGAGAAGCAGUUUGAGGCCGGUCGUCUGUACGCCGUUGUCUCUUCCCGUCCUGGCCAGUCUGGUCGCUGCGACGGAUACAUCCUUGAGGGUGAGGAGCUCGCCUUCUACCAGCGCAAGCUUCACAAGUAGACGUCACGCUCUUCGUUUUCACGACGAGUACUGUGAUGUUUUGCUAACCAGCGUCGCGUUGGGGGGUAACGGCAUGAUGGGGGGAAACAUUAGAUAACUGACUCUCUCACGGGGUUCACGUUAACGGGAAUGAAAAAAACAUUUUAUCGGGCUCUUAGGUUGUUCUUGGUGUUCAACAGGUUUUGCUUUUUAGUCAGUCUGGCAAAACCGCCAACGAGGGGUGUGAUCAGCCUGCAAUACCACUAUGUAGGCUCGGGGGAAAAAGCAAACCGGGCCGACGGACGGGUUAUGGGUUAUUAGGAAGACUCAAAAAGACUAUACCACCAAGUUUUUGCCUGCC